CAGGAGCAGGACUUCUCCCACCCGUUGUUUCUCUCUGACUAGUGGGGCCGAAUGCCCACCUCUACGGCAGCAAAACCCCCUCCCCCUCCCCUUUCCUCUACAGACAGGAAGAGUCGAAGAGACAGUACACGGGUGUGGCGACGCCGGCGGCCGCGGCGGGCAAUGCAUCCAGACGCGACCACCAUGUAACCUCGCAAGCGCCGUCCAGUUGGAUCUCGCCGAUCGCUCCCAGCUGCGACCCGGGCACCCUUCACACCGUCGGAGUAGGCAAGAAGCGGCGAGUGGGAAGGAAGCACCGGCCACUCAUCUCGCCGCUCGCCGGCCACCACGACCCCGCCGACUUUUACACCACCGGAGCAAGUGUGCGCCGACCACAUCUCGCUGCGCCGCCGCAACUGAGCAGACAUCUCUUCCUCUAGCUGUCGCCGGCCGACCAUCCCCUCUCCUAUCCCAUGGGCUGAAAGAGUUAUUUGCUGAGGAUCCUUACGAUACUUUGUUGCGCAAUUUAUACCAACCUAGGCAACUCGGCCUCAGUGAAGUUCCAGUAUAUUUGUACGAUUUGGCGAAAUGUCCUGAGAUCGAAUUUCCGGCAAUGACAAAGGCCCGGCUUGGUCGCUUCCGUUGUUUGGCACUGCUUCUGCUUGGAGACCAUCUAGUGCCGGUUCUGCCGCUCCGCAACCCCGAUACCGGAAUCAGUCAUCAUAUCCUUCGGCUGAUUGACUCCAGCAAUCCCAGUUUCAAGGUUGAUCUUCUCUUUCGGGACAGCGACCUCUACUUCGCCGGCUUCCGCCGUGCCAUAGUGUCGCCCGAGGGAGAGGAGCAAUGGGGAGAGUGGUUCAUCUACGGUGACCUGAUCGCGGACGGAUCAGCCCCGGAGUUCCUCAAUGCUGUGAACAUGGGCCUUGGGUCUGCCCAUCGCUCUAGAGAUGUGACAAGGGCCGGUGGCGAAAAUGCAAUGCAAGAUAUGUUUUUCACACUCGCUCGCUUUGAGGACCGUGUUCGGAUCAUCAAAAAUGGGGAGCACCCUGCUGAGCCUCAAGCCGACGAAGCCGAAAAUGAGCCGACCGGAGAGAACAAGGAUGCCAAGAACUACAGAGAGGCGAGGAUGACCACAAAACUGAAGAGUGACCUAGAAAGGGCUGUUGCACGGGUGAUCGUUGUAUUCAGCGAAGCACUGCGGUUCAGGUCUUUGUACAAUGAGAUUCUCAAGCGGCUGACGGAGCUACGGUGGGAUGAUGCCCAGACGCUUCACCCCAGGUUGUGGAAGCUAAUCAAUGGCUGGGGAACACUGUCCAACUUCAUGCAGAAGAUGCUACAUGAUGAGGGAACGCUGGACCUGGCAACUGUUCUGCCAUCCAAGUUGUCCAUGCCGUUUGGAUUCGCCACAAUGACAAUUGGAGAUCUCAUCGGUCCACAAGGCGAGCUCAUGGUAGCUAAGCGUGAUCUAGAUCACAUCAGUCAGGAGGCGUUGCAGAGGCGCAGUGAGGUGGAUGGAGCUGCUAAUGUUCAAGAUCCAGGCUUCCCGUCACCCACGGCCACGGAGGAGGAGCAUGAGUUUUGAAGCUCGUUGAGGACUCCUAACCUGAUCACCUGAAGCUGCUGUAGAACCCAACUUCUUGUGGAUCUCCUCUUGAUAUCAAUUGCUCUGUUUUCCGAGCUCGUCGGUCGCUUAAAAUCAACUGUUGUAGCCUCAACUUGUUGCGGUCCUCCUGAAACCAACUUGCUAUAUGUAUGCUUUCCUUUUACCACUGGUGUGCAACUUAGCUCGGCCACGUCUGUCUACGCUUUGGCGUUUAAACCGCU